GCCAGUCAACGCCGGGCGUCCCAAGCGUACAGUCGUCGGCUAUUCUCGUCGUCGUCGCUCGACGAUCGCGCGCGUGUUUCACCUCCUCGUGGUUAUUGUUACCUUCCCUCCUCGAUCCAAAUCGAUUACGACUCUAGGAUGCGCUCGAGGGAUGUAAUCUUUUACAAAAUCCAAACGUGAGUCCACUGAUCCGAGCAAGUGCAACGUGCGUUAGUUUGUUUACGUUGUGAUCGACCGGGAUGGAAGGUCGUCCGGAAACCGCCUCUGGAGAACGCUUCCGGUGCGAGAAGCUCGACUCGAACGGGCAGCGUGCGUGCGCGGAUGAAAGCUGGUGCAUCUCCAGGGCAUCGUUUCGCGAACGCAACAAUUCCGAUCGUUCGACGGGCAUCAGAGACCCCGGUGGUGUGUCUGUUCGUUGCGGAUGCGGUUCUUACGCGGAUCGUGAUUGUGCUAGCGAUUUCAACCUGCGACAGAGAGUUAGGCUCAUGGUUAGAGAAGUCGGGGCCAAUUUUGCGCCCAGGAUGACGGCUGUCUUUUUGAUCGCGUGCAUCAUGCUACUGGACAGCCGGCAAGCCUCUGCCGCUUUCACCACUGUAACCACUGUCCCGGAUCCCGAGUUCGUCGAGGAAAUAAAAAAUAUCACAGUUUCAGCGGGACGUGACGUAAAAUUUGCAUGUACUGUCAAGGAUUUGGGACAAUACAAGGUGGCCUGGAUGCUUUUCGAGAAGAGCGCUAUCCUGACAGUACAACAUCACGUUAUUACCAGGAACCCCAGGAUAUCCGUGUCGCAUGAUAAGCAUAGGACCUGGUUCCUACAUAUCAAAGAUGUUCAGCAGGACGAUGAGGGAAGGUACAUGUGCCAGAUUAACACGGUGACUGCGAAAACACAAUAUGGCUAUCUGCAUGUCGUCGUUCCUCCAAACAUUGAGGACUAUCAGACAUCGUCGGAUGCCAUUGUGAGAGAAGGAUCCAACGUGACUCUAACGUGUAAAGCGACCGGAAGUCCCACACCAACCAUAAGCUGGAAAAGAGAUGACAAUCAGAAGAUUUCAAUUAACAAGACGUACUCUGUUUCCGAGUGGCAAGGUGAGACAUUGGAAAUCACUCGGAUCUCGAGGCUGGACAUGGGUGUCUAUUUAUGCAUCGCGAAGAAUGGUGUGCCUCCGACCGUCAGCAAACAAAUUAAAGUCUCCGUCGACUUUCCCCCUAUGCUGUGGAUACCGCAUCAAUUGGUCGGUGCACCCUUGGGUUCCGCCGUCACGUUGGAAUGCCACACCGAGGCACAUCCGACAUCUUUGAAUUACUGGACGAGAGAGGAUGGCGUGAUGAUUCACGAAAGUAGCAAGUAUAAAGUUACGUCGACACCAGAGAAACCUUCUUACAAGACUCAUAUGACCCUCACUAUAUACGAUCUACAGGACGAGGAUGUUGGCACCUAUAAAUGUGUGGCGAAAAAUCCACGCGGAGAAACUGAUGGCACCAUACGCUUAUACAAGUCCACGCCGCCGAGCACCAGCCCCAGUCCAUCCACCACCGAGAUGCCGAAGAAAGAUUGGGAACUGAUGGCCGAAAUGAAUAACUCCGUUUACGGGAACCCGAGCUCCCUGACGAUUCACAACGAGAAAAGCAUGAAACCAGGUAAUAAAUUCCAGUCGAACCUCAGCGAGAUCGGGAAAUCGGAACAAAAAUCGAACGACCCGGAUAGGAAAAGGAAUUACAAUUGGACCCCAGACAGCGACUCAGCAUCGAGCAUCACGACCACAGGGGUGCUUAUAAUGAUCGUCCUGCUGGUGACAUCGAUCAUACGAUAAGCAGACCAGGAAAAUGGACGCCUUCUACGUUGAUCACCUGUAAUUAUUGACUCGAUUUAUAAGGAAGAAGAUGGCCGAGAGGAUCAGACACGACGAGAACACACGUACACGUACACAAACACUAAGAAAGAUUGACUGAGUAGUUAGUGUGGUAUUAAAACGAGGGUGCGGAUGGAGAAUAAAUAAUAAAAUAAGAUAAAUAAUAAUUACGCGUGCCAAGUCAGUGUAGCGCAGUGUACAAGAAAACGAACGAGGUGAGAAAAUCGUGCAAUAGAAAAUGAAUUUCUACCGUGUAACGAGUUACGCACGAGUAAAUAUGGCGGAUCAGAGAAGGUGGGCAAAUCACAAAGUGCAACGACUAUCGCUUUCAGUGUAAAAUAUUGUAUAACGCCGUAAUUUCGCCGCAGAAACAGCGCCAACGGUCUUCGAUUUUGACGAAAAUCGAACCUGUUCGAACGCAAACCUAUUUUAACACCAUUUCGAUUCUGUUCGAGAUUCUGAGAAUUUUUGAGAGAAUUCGAAAAUUUCUGAGAGUUCUGAAUCGAUAGAUAUUUCAAGAAUAGCAAUUUUCGUUGUAAAAUUUGAAAAACGAAGAGAGAGAGUCAGAGGAGAAAGAAGGGUAAAAAAUAUCAAUCAUUUUUCCGACUAAUUAAAAACCUCAAAACCAUCGAUGCAAGCGUAAAUUUCCAGCAUCGAUUUCACCUUUCUUUUUUCUUCUUGCUCCUCGGACAAUACUUUCACGGUGUUCCUCUUUUUAUUCCGUCUGCGAAGGCUUCCUACCACCCUCUUUCGUCCUGUUUUUCCCUUCCCUUUCACGGCCGUCGUUCCGUUUCUUAUAUACGAAAUCGCGGAUCCCAUCUGGGUACUUGAGAUUAAAACGUCAGAUUCGGUACAGAGAAUGCUCUUGCAUGAAGAAAUCUUCGAAUAAAAAGGAGAGGACUGAAAAAAAAAUUGGAGGUUGAAAGUGCACGAACAGUCAAGAAUGGCUGAAUAUUAAGAAGCUGAAUAUUAUUGUUUGCAAACGUCUUCGAAUCGGAGAAUUCAGAUUAAGAUCCUUUUUAUCUGCUUCUGUUCCUGCUCUCGAACAUGUCGUUUGACACAAGAAAUUAUUAUUAUUUGCAUCGAUUGAAAUGUUUAAUACAAUUAAUUAUUAUGGUUAAUUAUAUUCAUUGAUAUGCAAAGUGUUUAAUACAAUAGAUUAUUAUAAUUAAUUUUAUUCAUUA